AUGCUUUGGAAAAGGUGGGGGAGGAAACAGCAGUUGCGGACACAACAGCCGCAGGCGCAACAGUUGCAGACGCAGCAGGAACAGCAGUUGCAGACACAACAGUCGCGGGCGCAACAGUCGCGGACGCAGCAGGAACAGCAGUUGCAGACACAGCAGUCGUGGACACAGAACCAAGAUUGA